AUGUCUUUCAAGCUGCAACGAUCGCCGCCUGGUCAGCUUCACCACUCAAACCCAGACAUUUCAAGCGACCCGGAUAGAUGCGGUUCCGCGAAUAGAAAGAGAAAACAACCUGAAUGCGAUCUCUCAGAUGCUUUCCGUUCGUUUUCCAUUGAAAUGAAGAAAACGCUUCAGGACUGGAAAGCCGAUCUAGAUGGUAACCUCUCUAAAAUAAGCUGCACAAUAAACAAGAUACAAACCGAUCUAGACCAAGUUGUAUCCGACACUACUGAUAUCAAGAAAGACAUCGGUAUUCUACGAUCGGAGCAAAACAGCUGCAAAAAUAGAUUGAGUAUCAUCGAAAAUAAAAACAAACAUAUUGAAUCCGAACUUGCGACCAUCCAAGACACUGCUUCUUUUGUAUCAAAACAAUAUGACGACAUUGAACAGAAUUUACAACACUUAAAAAAACAGCUGAACGAAAAAUCUGUCUCAUCAGAAAAUACUUUAUCUUUGGAAGCUAAAAUUGAUAGCUUGGAACAACAAGCUAGACAAUGCAAUAUCGAGAUCCUAAACGUUCCGGAGAAGCAUGGCGAGAACCUCCUUACACUCCUUGAUAGCUUUGGUGCUGCCAUCAACAUGAAUAUACCGCCACGCGAGAUCGUCGCUGUGCACCGUGUGCCGCAUGCACUCAGCCAGAGCUCAAAGCCCAAAAACAUAAUCGUGAAGUUCCAGUCCCGCAUACUCCGCGACAACGUACUGACCGCGGCGCGCGGGUGCAAGGAGCUUACUUCAGCCAAGUUGGGUGUAUCGGGCAAUGCGCAAAAGGUCUUCGUUAAUGAACACCUUACACUCAAAAAUAAACAAUUGUUUCGAGAGGCACGCGAGGCGGCGAGAGGACAUAACUAUAAAUUUGUAUGGGUCAAAAACGCAACCGUCCUCGUCCGAGAAACAGAGACCUCGCCCAUAUUCGCCAUCAGAUGCGCAAAGGAUCUGGAUAAAAUCAAACCGCGUCCCGUGGUUACAAAUAAUUAG